UCUUUGCCUUCUUGAACCUCCCCGCCCCGCACUUCCGCCCAAAUCCUUCCUUCUUUGUCGAUACAUAAAUACCAUCCUUGAAAUCGGAACACAUACAGAAGAAGAUGGCCGACGUGGAACUGUUGAAGAGUAAGCUGGGGCGCCACCCGGACUUCCCCAAAAAAGGAAUAGACUUUCUGGACUUCUUACCCAUCUUGCGAGACCCGCAGACAUUUGAGACCUUAAUCGGCCAUUUUUGUCACCACAUUACGACGACCAUCCUGCCCAAGUUGAAAGAACAAGGAAAGAAGUUGGACGUGAUCGUCGGCUUGGAUGCGCGCGGCUUCCUCCUAGGUCCAAUCAUCGCUCUCAGAUUGGGAUGCGCUUUUGUGCCUGUUCGGAAGGCCGGGAAACUUCCAGGCCCGGUUGAGAAAGUCGAAUAUACUAAAGAAUAUGGCACUGAUACCGCUGAGAUUCAGAGCGAUGCUAUCAAGCCCAACCAAACUGUGAUAGUGAUUGAUGAUUUGAUUGCCACAGGUGGGACUGCUAAAGCUGCAGGUGACUUGGUCAGCAAGCUCAAUGCAACCGUCUUGGAGUAUCUGUUUGUGAUCGAAAUCGACUUUCUGGAAGGCCGGAAAACUCUCAAUGCUCCCACGUAUUCGAUCAUCCACCAUUAGAAUUCACGUGCCUCCACACCUUCUUUCUAUCUCUACAUGCCUUGUGUGCCGUCCCCGGGAAAAUCUCGACGGUUUUCCAUGCCAUACGUCUUGAGUCUAUCAAACUGGGAAUCGAAUCGCCUCUUCUUCUCCUUUUUCUUGCUAUGUUACUAUACCAAAUUAUAGUCGCGUUGUCAGCAGUCAUUGCAUCUGCUUGUUUCCCCUUUUUUUUCACAAUGAUCACGCCAAGAGAAGAAAGACUUGCAGCAGGAGUUUGUAGACUGUCACAAGUGCUCGAGGACUGUGAGUCGGUCUGACCUUCACAAUAGCCGCGCGGUUGCUUUCUCCGUC